AUGUCCCAACGGCAACGCUCCCACUCUGUCUCUGGACCAACAGCGGCAGCAGGAGAAGGGGGAACAAGGGAAAAGACAUAUUUUGAGCUCCAGAGGGAGGAGCUCGUAUCAGAGAUUGCCAUGAGCUUCGAGCACGUCCUAGCCAACAUCAACAAGCUGAACCGCUCGCUCGAGGCCGUCAUCGCCGUGGGAAAUGAAUUCAGCUCUGUGGAAGCGUUAUGGAGCACGUUUGAGAAUGUGAUGGCCAAGGAGGAGGAGGAGGAGGGCGAUGGGCAAGAAGGGCACGACGAAGGGCACGACGAAGCAGAGGAAGAGGGAGGUGAUGAGAUGGAGGGGGUGGAACAUGAGGGGGAUUCGAGAUAUGAGGGAGAGCAAAGUAGGGUAUGA